AUGAAGAAGAAGUUUUCUACACCGUCCUUUCUGUCUCCAAUCCCUGCGUCUGCAACAUCUCGUUCAAAGUGUCCUACCACUACAAACAUCAUGCAUCACCAAGCCCAUGCAACCAAGAAACGGGGCAAGGGAUUCCGUGCCUUGGACGAUAUUUCCAACAAACAUUCCGUGGAUGGCUCGUAUCCGGAAUUUACCCGGAAAUUAGUGUUUACCACACCAUAUAAAACGCCCCUACUUCAAACUCGUACUAUUUCCGAAACAUCUGAUACCAGGAAUCAGAAAACGCCACUACAGCGUCGUAGCUCUUCGUUCGCGUCGUCUUCAUUCAAGCUUCAGUAUCCCGUCUCUUCGACUGUCUCAUCGGUUGCUGUCGCUUGGAAUCCGCCAUCUCUCGUCGUGGGUUUCUAUAAUGGUAUGAUUGUCCUCUAUCCAUUGGAUCAGGAAAGAGCGAUCCAGUAUCCACGUGGUAUUCUAUUGGACCAAAUCAUGCCACGUGGAAUCUAUACGCAACUUAUGGUGACGGUCUCGAUCCCAGAGAAUGGAAAGUUGAUUUUUGCAGGUGUAUACCGUGGCUCGACGGCUAUUCGAGCGUAUGAAGUGGAUAGUAUUGUCCUACCAGUAUCAAGGAGACAGGAGACAGUGGAGAUAAUAAGCACAAGGAACAAGGCUGCAAGAAUGGCAAUUGAAACACAAGAGAGUGGAGAGAUGUUUGCUGCUUCUUCUCUCGAGAGUCUUGGAGGACCAGUUGUUGGUCACGUGGUUUCUCACAUUUAUUCCGAUGCAAAACUUAAAGGCUUUGCUACUGUAAAGAGUUUUGAGUGCAAGAAAACAAAUACGACAGAGUAUCGUUUAUUAUGUGGUAUUGGGAUUAAAAAUGUCCACAUGUGGCGAUUUUAUCAAAAGAAGAAGAAGAAGACGAUGACGACAGUCGUAGUAAACAAUACUCGUGAUGUCGAAUGGACGUGGGAAUGUAUUUUUGAUAAACAAACGAACGGUAUUUCCGUAGAGUUUCUUGCUUUCCAUCCAACGAGUUGGAAUCAAUUUAUCUCGAAAUCAGAACAUCAAAAUGUACGGAUUUGGUACUUGGAAGAAGAAUAUCAUGAUUUUGAUGAGUCCGUUACGAUCCGUAAGAAAUCACAUGUUGAUGUCAAGCACACGCUUGAUACUGUUGCUGUCUAUGGUGAUUACGCUUAUGGUGGAAGUGAAUCUUUUGCAAUUAUUGACCUACAAGCAGCUACACGUAUGGAUUUGGAUCUACCGCUAUCUGCAAAAGAACAACAUGCUCACCAUGAGGCUGUUUUCAACUCAAGAAAUACUGCCUCGUUGCGUGCGUGGAACCCUCGUGGAAAGCGUCGACGAGGUGCAGAGGAUACAAGUGGACAACGUCAUAUGCGGACUGUGAGCAAGAUUGCAGGACAGAAUGGCUCACCUUUUACAGUGGGCAUGUGCAGUGACGGCAGUGUGUUUUGUCAUCAGCCGAGAAAGGACAUUGGGAUUGCGACACCUCUUGACUACGUUGAAGGAUAUGAACAGUUUUUUGUGGACCCGUCAUUAAACUUUCAAGCGCAAUUCUCAGAUCUUACUCGAGUCAAUACGAGUGGACUUCUUGCGGUCUUUCCUCUUCCCGAAACGGAGAAAGAAGAAUGGUUGAUUGUGGCCGCUAAUCAAGAUCAAUUGCUAGUGCAAAGCCUUGAAACCUUCUUGCGUCGCAACCAGCAGAAGAAGGAAUAUUCAGAGGUGAAGGUUGAUUAUGCAGACCUUAGCGGAGCAGAGAGUAAUACAGACGAGUGCAGCAGCGACUCGAACGAUACCGACGAGAGAGUUAGAAAGGAGAAGCAUCAGUACGAGAAAAAGCAGGAUAAGGCGAUACUCAAGCGCAGUCGCCAAGAAAAAACGUUGAAAUCUCAGGAGACCGGGCGCAAGAUAAAGCGGAACCGGCACGGUGCUGAGAAAACCAUGUCUCGGGCAAAGGUAUCGGGUAUGUCAGGAGAGAGAAGGAAGCUGCUGUCGUGUAGCAAACCCGGGUCGCAGAAGAAACUUGUUAAGACGAAGCAGUUAGGUGUGGCCGAUGACGAGGAAGAAGGUAACGACAGCAUAGCAGGGGUAACCACUCCCAAGUGCAGCACGAAUUGUAAUGACGGCAAGUUGUCGACAAGCACGGCAUCUCCGGUUGUGUCGAUUUCGUCAUGGUCAGGUUCCUCGAAUCCAAACACUCCAGAGCAGCUCGGGCGCUCAAGAGUAGAGAGACAACUUAUGGCUUUGAGGAAACUGGAGUGGGCUUCACCUAAUGUUGCGGCAGCAAAGUCACAGCUGGACAACGAACAGAAAAGUACGGAUUCCGCUGUAGAUACGGCGGCAGUCUUGGCUCCGCUGAGUCCGAAGAGUAACGAAGUGAAGACCAAGACAAAGACGUUAUUAAGUGGAAAGAAGACCUUACGUCGAAUGAAGGUGCAAGCUUUGUUUGCGAAUAACGAAAGUACCAAAGAAUGUGGUAAGGAAGAGAACCAAGAGGUGGCUCGGACGGAAACCAAGAAGAAUGCUGAGGGCGGGCGCGCAGGAUCCAACGAGUCUGCUCGAGUGCAAGCUGAGAAUCAAGAUGCUAUGCCUCGUGAUCCCGACAAGCCAACAGAAGCAGACAAUCACAUGGAGCAGGUACAGCCUACCGAAAAGGAAGAUGCUGAUCUCGAAGAGGAACUGGAGCAACUAAAGCAGUACGAGCCUGAGUUUGUCUCCGUGCCGUUUGCAGGUGACGGAGGUUCACUUGUGGCUGCAACCAUGUACCAAUAUGGCGAUCCAGCUACUACUGACAUCAAGAUGGCUAAUGCAGACGAUAAUGUCAAAGCUGACUGUGUAGCUGCGACUACCGAACAGACCAAUUUGUUGCUGCAUUUUUCGCACCAGAAUGAGCGGCUAAAGAUGAAUUUCCUGACCGAGCGUGCGCGUAUCUACAAACAUCUCGACUGUCGUUGUGUCUCACAUGUUUGCUCGAAGAAAUCAUCGUCGACUUGUACCGGUGGUGUCAAUUGGCGUCAAAACGUUGCACACGAUUACCACAAGCGGAAGCAAUCGAAACGGCGUCACAAGAAACAGCUUGCAGCUAAAUUGCAUCAGUUGCAUACAAGCUACGCUGUGCAGAUACAAGAGCUGUCUGCAAUGCAGCACAUGCAGGCUACUGCUUUCCGUGCACGCCAGCAAUUCCAGCAUCUUCACAAGCAAUUCUGUCGUCAGGGAGCUAGCAGUACAUUGGACAAGACGUUUUCAUCAUUAUCGUCUGGAACAAGUGCUGCAUCUCCACUCAAGCAUUCAAUACUGCCGGAUCAUGUCUCGGAGAUGAGUUUUCCAUAUCGUGAUUUGUUCUCGUGA